CGUAGUGAACCCAACCGCCACUAAACGCACGCACUCUCCAAGGCAAGGCUUAUAGUCUGUCCACUACUCUGCCGCCCAGCAUCCAGUUAGGAAGAACUGGAGCAAUUUAUAAAGCGAGGAUCUCAUCGGGAAAGGUUCAUGGAAGGCUAAGAGAAUACAUCUUUAUUGGAAAUGUAAUUGACGUGAUUUUGUGGUCUAUUAUUUGUGUUUCCGAUGUGCCCAUCCUUGGACCACUCACCUCACCAAGUAGCCGGACACGUGACGUCAUGGAACUUUCUCGGGGGGGAUGUGAAUUAGCUACCAUAAUACCUUGAAUUGGUUAGGAUAUGAUGUUUCGCCAAGUGUCUCUGGUACGAUGCAAGAUUCUGUCUGCAGCGAAAUGUUAUGGUGUGGCAAAUCAGUCAUGGCUACCACACCAUUGCCAUCACCACUACUCCACCACUAUAGAGGAUGAUAGCCACAAGACCCCAGGCCAGCCUCCUAAAACAUACGACCCAGCCACAUACUGCCUUUCCUUUGACCCUUUAGAGGAAAGUACAAUCAUGGAUGUCCUCAACACUGCAACCUCACAGCACUUGGCCACCUAUGGGAUUGGCAAGGGCAUGGCCAACAGACUCCUGAAGUAUCGUGAGAAGAUUGGAGGCUUUCAAGAACUUUCACAGCUAUUAGAAGUGGAUGGGUUGGGUAUAAGAGGAGCUGAAGGUGUGUGCAAAUGUUUGCUACAAUGUUGUGGGUCUGCGGGUGUGUCUGAAGGGAUGUCAUCAUCAUCACUGCUGCAGUCUGACAUGGCUGAUUUAAAGAUGUUAAUUGGCCAGAAGCGUCUUGUCAAGCCACAGUUAUCAGACGCUAUAUUGAAGACCGUAGAGCAUUUUGUUGCCCUCCACGUGACAGCUGGCUUCCUGUCGUGGGUGUUAUGUGGAGCUGAUGGGCAGAUACACAGCUUAGCAACACACACACUGCUCACAGCCAACUCCCGAUUCGAUGCACUGAGGAUACAUGAAAAAGUGCUGAGUGUGACACAAGAGAUCCCAGAGGCUGACCUUUAUGUGUGGGAAGACAGGGCAAACCAUGGCCAGCUGGCCAAGGCACCUCUAGGUACUGUGAUGGUGGCCCUGCAGCUGGCCCAGAUUCGAGGCAUGCUGAUGGCUCUUCUGGGGAGCAGCAUGGAGAAGAGGCAGAAUGGAAGCCAAAGUCGCCUCCUCUUUCUUAAGGAUUCUGUUGUGCCCAAGCUUUUCAGACUAAAGAUGGGUGGUGACCGUCUGUCUGGACUGGGUGUGGCAGACCAGCUGAUAGACGGGCAGCAGGUGGUGGAGUGGCUGUCACCUGUCAUCCUUGAGCCAGAGGUAUAUAAGGUUUACUUUAGUGAGGCAGCAGCUGAUCGACGGUACAUGGCGGCUGCAGUGUUGGUGGCUGUGGCCUUCCGUGAGGUGGUGCUUAGUAAGAAUAGUGCUGCACUGAGGAUGCUGAGCCAGUAAAUAUAUGAAUUAGUGUUCAUGUCUCAUUUUUUUACUUCUACUAGUUGCUUCUCUUUUAUCAUCAUUGUAAUUUUUAUUAUCAUUGUUAUCAUCAUCAUUUUUUGUCAUUGUUAUUGUUACUUUCUUCAUUUUCUUUAUUCAUUCAUCAUGCCUAUUCUUUUCUUCUGUCAUCAUCAUCAUUGUUCUUAUCCACUUUAUCUUUUAUAGGUUAUUACUUGUAUUUUUCUUUCUCCUCUUUAUCAUCAUUAACAUUAUCAUCGCAAUGUACAGUUGUGUAAUAAAGUAAUCAUGGAUCAGAA